AUGUAUAAGUACAAACAGGACGAAGACGAACAGCUGCAAAGACUAAGAAAAGCGUUACCAAAAAACUCUUUUUGGUCUGAUCGAGUCCGGCCAAGCAAGAAAAUCGAGCAAACGUGGAAAAUUCUUGAUACUGAAUUUGGAAAUCAAAUGAAAUUGACGGACACACUGCUAAACAAAAUUGCCAAUCUCAAACCAAUAAAGGAUGACUCGAACUCGCUCUCGCGUUACGCUGCUAGAACAUUAAGCUUCGUGAACAACAUGGAACAAAACGGUUGCGCAGUAACAAGCACAUCGGAAGCACCCUUUGUCAUGUCACAGUUUCUGUCUAAAUUGGAUGCCAACGAUUACAUUGAAUUUGGCCGCGAAAUGCUACGCAUGGGAAAAGAAGAAAAUGCUUUAAAUUUGAUUGAUUGGCUAAACAAAGAAGCAAGUUUACGAUCGCAGUUGCUGAAAUCCAAGAGAGAAUAG